UGGCAUCUGUUGAAUCUGCAUUGUUUGAAUUUACAGCAGUUUAAAAACAAUAUUACGCCUGUAUACUGUAGUGUAUAUAUAAUACACCUGUUAUUCAUGAUGCUACGUUGUAUUCCAGUUUUACUUCUCUUCUGUUCUUUAUAUCAGAUUGAAGGAUUGCCGAUGGAAGAAGAUAAACCUGAACCUGAACUAGUCUCCGGAGUUGAACCUGAACCUGGACAUAAACUUAAACCUAUACGUGGGGUUGAACCUGAAACUGAACUUGAACUAGGAGUUGAACUUAAACCUAUAACUGAUCCCCCUAAACCUGAAUUAGCAGUUACAGGUCCUAAGGAAGAUGAUAAACACGUAUUAGGAAACACAACUGGUCUAGUCUGGGGACCUCCUCUCUCGGAUGCUGAAAAAGAAGCAGCAAAAGAACUAAACAAAAUCCCUGCCACCCAAGAGGAAAUAGAUAAGACCAAGGAAGGAUUAUUGUUGGAGCAACAUCACAGAUUCUAGGAACUCCAGAGAGGAAAAUCAUUUCAGUAAAGGGACUGUAGCCCUUUCAAGUUCCCCCCUCCCCCCCCUAUG